CGCGGUCGCUGGGUGGAGUUCACCGCCUAUUCUGGGAACCCUUCAGUUCACCUGCACGCUCGGAAGGACGAGUUGCUCUCCACCAGGGCUGCCGCUGUUGGGAUCUUGCUUCGAUCUAUCCGCGGAAGAAGCGCACCGACCCGGGCAAGAUGACGGCGCUGGAGCCGCUCAGGUCCGCCACGACCAUCGUCUGCGCGGAGGACACGUCGCUGGCGCUGCCGUCCGACAACGAGCUCCGCUCCGGACACCUGCGUGUCCGGGAGCAGGUCUCCACCCUGAAGAGGAGCAAGUCCAAGCAGGGCUGGAGCAGAAGCCUCCACUCUCCCACAACUCCACCUCACGCAUGGAAGGGACACACCGGGUUUGAAAUGUUCAAGCUCGCUCCGUCAAAAUCGAACGGCACCUUCACUCGCUCCGUUUCCUUGAACACCGGGAAGGCGGCAAACGUGAAGAAAAGCAUGUCCACUCGCUCUGCCGGGAUGCUGGCCAGCCGAUCGGCCGCGAUGGACGUGGACGGGUUCAACCACGCGUUCAACUCCAACGGACUCCGACUCCAUCAGAGCGACUCCUCCUUCGUACCUGCUUUCACCAAGUCUUCCUGGGGCGGAACCGAGCAGGUGACCACCACACAGAGAAAAAGAGAGAGCGUCCAUGUGACCAACGGCGUCAAGACCUCGGGCUCUCAGAGUCGCCUUGUGCAGCAGCCCACUUGCCAGUCCGAAGUCAAGCUGGGGGUUUCAAAGACCGAGCAGCAAGCUGUCGCCAACAGUACCCACAGCCUGUCCGACUUGACGGUGAAGGAAGCCGUGGACUUCCUCUCCAACGACGACGAGAGCUUCCAGCAGUGCGGCGCCACCUUCAUCCAGCACGUCACCUACAAGGAGGAGCGCAGCAAACAGGAGGUGGCCCAGCUGGGAGGGAUCCCAGCCCUGGUGACCCUGCUGCGCAGCCCCAACCCCAGCGUGAGCCAGGCCGCCGCAGGAGCGCUGAGGAACCUGGUCUUCAAGGACCUGAAGAACAAGAUGAGUGUGCAGCACUGCGGCGGGAUCGCCAAGGGCCUCCAGCUUCUGAAGGAGACGGACUCCACUGAGACGCAGAAGCAGAUCACAGGCCUGCUGUGGAACCUGUCCUCGGCGGACGAGCUGAAGGGAGAGCUCAUCACCACGGCUCUGCCCGCACUGACGGAGAGUGUGGUGGUUCCCUUCACCGGCUGGUGCGAGAACAUCUCCAACAACAACGUCCACCCAGACGUCUUCUACAAUGCCACCGGCUGUCUGCGGAACCUGAGCUGCGCCCAGAAGAAGGAGCGCAAGGCCAUGAGGGACUGCCCGGGCAUGGUGGACUCGCUGGUCACCUACCUGCAGGCCUGCGUGGCCGAGGAGAACCCAGAUGACAAGUCGGUGGAGAACUGCGCCUGCAUCCUUCACAACCUCACCUACCAGCUGGAGAGCGAGGCGCCCGAGUGCUUCGCCAAGUACAACCCCCCCACACUGAGUGGGCAGAACAGCGCCAAGUCCCCGCCCAUCGGCUGCUUCAGCCCCAAGAGCGGGAAAGCUCAGAAGCAGUUCGGGUUUGACAGCGUGCCGGACCUGCCCGAGGACAGCAACCCAACUGGGGUCAAGUGGUUGUUCCACCCCAAAGCCAUGCAGGCGUACCUGUCGCUGCUGGGCUCGUCCCAGAAGGAUGCCACGCUGGAGGCCUGCUGCGGGGCACUGCAGAACCUCACCGCCAGCCCAGGACCGGCCUCCAGCGCCAUGAGUCAGGUUCUGGUCCAGAAGCUGAGCGCCGUCGCGCACAUGUCCCCUCUGUUGAAGUCCUCCAACCCCAAACUGCAGAGGACGGCCAUGUCCCUGCUGUCCAACAUGUCCCGGAGCGGCGGCGUGCAGCGGUCCAUGGCCAAGCAAAUCCUGCCUCAGCUGGCCAGCCUCAUCGCGGCCGGCCCCAGAGAGUUCGGCAACUCGGACGACACCGUGGCGUCGGCGUGCUCCACGCUCCGAAACCUGAUGCUGGUGGACCCCGAGAUCAGCCGGAAGGUCAUCAACGCCGACAUGAUGUCGUCGCUGGCCGACCUCAGCGAGAACGGGACGUUUGCCAAAGGCAGCAAGGCGGCAUCUCUGCUGCUCUACAGCUUGUGGAACGACAAGAACACGCAGGCCAUGGUGAAAAAGUUGGGCCUGAGCAAGUCCUUCUUUGUCAACGACAACACCAUCGCGGUGCACAAGUCGGUGCAGGUUGUCGACUGAGUGCCGUGGAGCAGCGCUGACGCGGAGAGGUGCGACACCGACGGGGAUCUGAGGAAGCUCCGGCAGCAGGAUGAGAGGCAGCGCCGCAUCCCGUCCGCUGACCUCUCGGUGUUGUGUAUAUAUUGAAUCUCAUGCUUCUCGGGGCGUGUGUGUGUGUGUGACACACUCUGAUGUCAGUCCCAGAAGGUGUUACCAGGUCACUGCUCAGCUCCUUAUCUGCGUCCCUUAGUUCCAUUAGAUUAGAAGGUCCCCUCUUGGUGCCCCGUGUCCUCCAUCUGUCCUGGUCUGUCAGCGACAGAAAAGAAAUGUAAAAACCUUCCUGUCUCCCCAACCACCAUAUUCAGUUUGGCCCCCCUGAAGGGCCCCUGACUAGAGCCCACCCAGUGAGGAGGCCUGUUCUUUUCUCAAGGAGCUAGGUGUCGUGCGCCCGGUGAAAGAAUGUGCUGACCUGAGAGCGACUUCGGCUCAGGUUCCCAACCAGCCGUGGUUGUUGUUUUGAGGAGCCUGACCUCCAGUCUGCACCUACUCCUCCGUCACUUCCCGCUGCUGUCGCUUUGUCGUGAUUCUGAAAUGUCUUUUUCUAAACAGUGGAGUACGACUGUUACAGUGCGCCUGGCCCAGGCUGAAGUCGUCUCACGGCUAAAUAAGUAUUUGUACAUAAGAGCAAGAGUUUGAGGAGCGUGUGGGGAGGAGGGUUCCUGGUCGCCUGGCAACACUUCGGAACUGAGGUCGUCAGCCUCGGGGAAGAUCGACAUCAGUAUUGCUUUGUGAGCGCUUGAAUGUUCAUGUCUGUCGGGAAAUAAACGUCAGA